AUGGAGGUCAAGGAUACAAACUUCAUGAAUAACUCAAUUACAAAAACAUGGACUCAACAUCUUUCUUCUUCUUCAUCGAUAGUAGAAUCUAAUUCAAGACAAGAUGCAUCUGUAGAAACCACAACCACACCACCCGUCUCUUUGCCAUCUAAUGCUUUAAACUCACAAAACAAACAAGGAGAACACGCUGAUGAGAAUGGAAUUAAAAGAAAAAAAUCAAAGUAUACAAAAGAAUCAAAGAAAAAAGUUAAAUUAGUUACAGAGUUUAAGACAAGUUUACCUAAUGCACGAUUAUCUGAUUUGGGUGGAAUUGAUUCUUGUAUCGAAGAAGUAUUGGAGCUGAUUGCCAUGCCAUUAGCUCAUCCUGAAAUAUAUUUGCAUACCGGUGUUCAGCCACCAAGGGGGAUUCUUUUACAUGGACCUCCUGGAUGUGGCAAAACUUUGUUGGCUAAUGCAAUUGCUGGAGAAUUAGGUGUAUCAUUUAUAAGCAUUUCAGCACCUUCUAUAGUUUCGGGUAUGUCUGGUGAAUCUGAAAAAAAGAUUAGGGAUGUUUUUGAGGAGGCCAAGGAUCAAGCACCAUGUUUAAUAUUUGUAGACGAAAUAGAUGCAAUAACGCCCAAGCGAGAGACAGCACAACGUGAAAUGGAAAGACGUAUUGUGGCACAGUUAUUGACAUGCAUGGAUGAUUUGUCAUGGGAAAAAACUGACAACAAACCAAUUAUGAUUAUUGGCGCAACCAAUAGACCAGAUUCACUGGAUCCCGCGUUAAGACGAGCUGGAAGGUUUGAUAGAGAAAUUAGUAUGGGGGUACCUGAUGAACAGGCAAGAGAAAAAAUUUUAAAAGUAAUUGCAUCUAAAUUGAAGCUUUCGGGAGAUUUUGAUUUCAAGGCUCUUGCCAAGAUGACACCUGGUUAUGUAGGGGCAGAUCUAAACGCAUUGACAAGCGCAGCAGGAGUGAUUGCUGUAAAGCGUAUAUUUACACAAUUAUCCAAAUCAGAUGCUUUAUCCAGUUCAACAGUAAUUGAAGAUGACCAUAAAAAAUUAAAGGAUAUAAACGAUCCUAAUAUAGGCUCAAUACCAAACAGUAGUGACACUGCAACCUUCGAAAAUCAAACAUCUGCAGAGCAAUUUCGAUCAAUAUCUAAUUUUCUUAGAAAUCAUCCUGAUCCACUCAAUGAGGAAGAGUUAAAGCCAUUGAGUAUAACUAAUGAAGACUUUAUACAAGCGCUUUCCAAAGUUCAACCUUCAUCAAAACGUGAAGGAUUUGCAACUGUACCAGAUGUCACAUGGGCAGAUAUUGGUGCAUUGAAAUUUGUAAGAGAUGAAUUAAGAAUGGCUAUUGUAGAACCAAUUAAGCAUCCAGAAUAUUUUCAACAAGUGGGAAUAAUGGUACCUACCGGAGUAUUAUUAUGGGGCCCACCUGGAUGUGGGAAAACUCUUUUGGCUAAGGCAGUUGCAAAUGAAAGUCAUAUUAAUUUUAUAUCUGUCAAAGGGCCAGAAUUAUUGAAUAAGUAUGUUGGUGAAAGCGAGCGUGGAGUACGACAAGUGUUUGCUCGUGCAAGAGCCUCUUCACCAUGUGUAAUAUUUUUUGAUGAACUUGACGCAUUGUGUGCGCGUCGUGAUGAUUCUAAGUCAGAGGCUUCAGCACGUGUUGUUAAUACUCUGUUAACUGAAUUAGAUGGUCUCGAAAAUCGUAAACAAGUUUAUGUAAUAGCCGCAACAAACAGGCCAGAUAUUAUUGAUCCAGCUAUGAUUCGUCCUGGUCGCUUAGAUAAACUUUUAUAUGUGGAAUUACCUACUUCUUCAGAGCGUUAUGAAAUAUUGAAAACCCUUACAAAAAAAACACCUUUGGAUGAUGAUGUAUCAUUACUAGAAAUUGCAAAUGAUGCACGAUGUAACAAUUUUAGUGGUGCGGAUUUGGCAUCGUUGGUUCGGGAAGCAGCUGUUUCAGCAUUAAGAACAAAUUUGUAUAAUAAUUCAGAGAAUUUAUCAAAGGUUUCAUCACAAACCAAUUUGGAAAUUUAUGUAAAAAAUCAACAUUUUGAAAUAGCAUACAAUAAAGUAGUACCUAGCGUAUCAAAAACUGAUAAAAAGAAAUAUGAUUCAUUGAGGAUCAAAUUUGGAUGUGUCGCAGCUACUACUAUCACUACAAUUUGUGAUGCUAUUUAA